AUGAAGUUUCUCCCAGUGCCGGUUCAGCAAAGUCAAUGGACAAUGCGAAGGCGUCCACGGAACAUUGUAUAUCAAGAAAAGUUAACUGACACUAAAAUCAUAUAUGAACUUGCUAUGUGCUUUAUAAACAUGAGUAGUCUGCAAAUAUCUUUUGAUACCGCGGCUCGUACUGCUAUGACUGCCACACAUUUGAAUUAUGAGAUGUUUUAUGAUGAUUCAGAAUGGCAAUAUGGACCAAUAAGUAAAUACUUUCAAAUACCGCCCAAUCGGUGUGUCUUACCAGAACGUUGGGUUAAGAACCCAAGAAUAAAGUUUGGGGAACAGGGAUGGAUGAAUGGGAGUCAUCUAACAAAUGACAGACGUGACCUUCAGUAUGUAGCAAGACUUUCCCGCUCAAUUCUCAUAGAACCUGUUUCUGAUUAUCCUCGACUGGUGAGAAACUUGGUUAAAAAGGAGUCUAUUGAUUUGAUCGCUUCCUGGAAUUUCAUCAAGGCUCGAGAUCAACAGACGAGUGUUCCAACCGAGCAAGUCUUACAUCAAUCAAUGAAGGAUGUCUUCGAAAGGCAAUCCAUGGAACUGAAGAAAUUAUGGAAACCUACUGAGUCACUCUUAAGAGAAGUAGAAACAAUGGAGGCCUCUGUCGAAGAAUCGAUUCAUCAACAUUUAUUAGAAGGACCACUUUCAAUUUGGAGACGUAUAGGAAUUCAAUGGGGAACAAAAAAGAUUGGACUUUACUAUAAUACUAAGAGCGAUACUCAGACUGCAACAAACAAGACACAAAGGUCAGAUCCAGAGAUCGAAAGUUGGUACCACUAUACCACACAUCAAUAUUAUCGAGUCAUUAAAUCAAUUCAAGAGAAACUAAAGUUCAAACCAGUAAUAUUCUUGCUAUCUGAUAAUCUUGAAUCAGCAUUCACUUCAAUUGCAACUUAUAUGCUACAAUAUCCUAUCGAGAAACAAUACAACUUGAUCGUGGCUCCUGAUUCACAUUCAGUCGACCCAUCAUCUGAGUCACAUCCAGAGAAAAAGAGGAAAGAAGAUCGGAUAGAUGAUGUGGCAGAUUAUGUGAGGGACUUAACAUUUGCUAUUGAACAUCUAGAUGUGAUUACAUGCAGCCUUGAACAAAGCGAGACAUGUAAUCUUAUUUUCCUGUUGGGUGGUUCAGCACGGGCGAUGGAUAAGGAUCCUACGAUCAGGAGUAUUGAUGAAAGGUGGUAUCCUACCUCAUCAAGAGCCAGUAUUGAUGAGCUCGCACUUGGACUAAGUAAUUCUCAUGAGAAGCUGGUGGAGCUUGCCCGCAAGCUAGCUAAAGACUCAAAGAAUUAUCAAAUCAAAUCUUGUAUAAUGCCAUCGACUAAAAUGACUCAAGACUAUCCAUCUAAAUCUCGACCGCGCAUUCAAACCCGAUUUCAUUGCGGAAUAAAACCUCAUCUACUUGAUCCAUCUCGUUGGAUCGCUCCACCUCGAGCCGGUCUUCGCGGCUAUUGUGUUGAUCGAGUAGGCUCCAUACCUGGAUACGAUCUGUCUCCGCGUGUACAAGAUCUCGAUGGUUCUCCCUUCAGCUUAAGACAAUGGAAACCACGCGCACGUGAAGGACCACAACAUCCACUUAGACCGUUGAAAUCAGCAAAACCGAUGAAUGAGAGCGAUGUAGGAGAAACCUCACUGAUCACCUGGGAAACUAUCUCAAGACCUACUUUGGUAAUUGGAAAACGAAGUCGAGGCAACGAAGAUGAUGAAGAAUAUUGUCCUCACCAGAUUCAUUACUCUUUUACGGUCGGACCAAGACCAACUACUUCUCGAAAGAAAUUAAGAAGAACCAAGAGCUGUUCGACAGGAUCUUUACUAUCAGAGCGUGAUAUCACUGAUUUUAGCAAACAUGAAGUCAAACCAACGUCCGUUCAAGAUCAAGAUAAUCAGAUUUCGAUUUCUCAAAGAUCUCGUAGUUUUGAAAUCAGUUUACAAAAUCGAAAAAAGUUUACCAAGAGACCACCUGAUGUUUGUAUUCAACAUCCUAAUACAUACCAUCUAGACUGA